AUGGCGGAACGGGGUCCGUGUGCCGAUCUCGUAGUGCGAACCGCGUGUGCCUUUCUCGAGGUGCCGGGCCAGGGUUCGCACCGGGGACGGCAGUUCCUACGUGCCUUCGUGGACGAUCCGUCGACUCUCACUCUCUGUGCCGUCCGCAACUCGAAUGACCGAGCAUUGACUUUCUCCGUUCAGGCUUCGGCGCUCGACGAGGGCGACGAGCGGCAGCUGGUGUUCUUCAAGCGGCGGCCCCAGGUACUCACUCCCGAAAAUUUGAGCGGCGAUGUCGGCGUGUGCGCCCUGCUGGCGCCCUCGGUGGCCGAAUCGUUGGGUGCCUGCCUGCGCGCCGUCUUCCAGCCGCUGUUGGCUGGCGAACCGCUGCUGGCCACCAGCCUUGGACAGUUGCAGGUGGCCCUUGGCACAGCCCAUGAUGGCGACUCCUCUAAGACGAAAGGGAAGGAUGAAGCUGCUCUAGAGCAACACUGGUGCGCUCUGGGUUCUGCUAGCCUGGACGAGUGUGCUGAAUGGCUGGACGCAGGUCGAGGUCUGGCGGCCAGGCUAGAAACGCUCCUUGGUGACUUGGACCCAUGGCACACACCUUUGACCAAGGUCCAGCAAGAGCUCGGUUUGGCUCUAUCAGCAUGUGGCCGCAGCCCAAGCGCGGACGCCGUCCUGGGCGGCCGAAUCCGUACAAUGCUGCAGGCACGCCUUACGCAAGAGCAGCUGGUUCGCCUCGCGCCGCCCACCACGCAGGAACCACUGCCCGUGGCUCCGCGGUUCUCGGACCCCGGGCCCGAAUGGUGCGCCGCCAUGGCUCUACACACCCAGUGGCUGGCCCCUCUGGCUGCCAGAGCGGCCGCCACGCUCAGGGAACGACUGAUGCGAACAACAGGACUAUCGCUCCUGCAGGAAUGCAAAUCCUACUCUGAGCUGCUUAAACAUCCUGACGUGCAAGCUCAGCUAGCCCCUGAAAGAGACAUGCUUCUGCACGCUUUGAGCGAGUGCAUGGAUGAGGCGAAGAAGUCGUACGAGCAAACUUCGUGCAGCAUACAGGGAGUACCGGACGUCGUCAGAGACAUAGUCAGCCUUCAGGAACUGCGCACCAGGCUGGAGGAGGCUCGGGAGGUGGUGCGCCUGCUAAACGACGGCAGCGACACCUGGGAAACACUGGUGCAGAAGCUUAACAGGGCGUGCGACGAAGCAAGGGAAGCCGCCGCCGACCGGCUGGACGCUUGGAGCCGCAACGCUCAGCAGGUCGCCACUAAGACGAGCCUCCAGGAGGACGAACCUGCAUUGAUCCUGGGUCCAGGUGGGCGUCCCCGGGUCAGCCUGAGCCCCCGGCUGGCGUCCAUCGCUUCCGAAGCGAGGCAGCUGCGCACACUGGGCUGCCGGCUUCCGCCCCUUCGCCAGCUUGAGGACAUUGCUGCUCGUGCCGGACACCGUGCACGUCAGCUGCAGCAGGUUGCGUCGUUUUACAGCACGGUGGCUGAUCAGAUGAUUCCGAGCCAACGACCGCUAAUGCUGGGGUUGGCCGAGGAGUUGACCGGCGCCCUGAGACAGCGGGUGCCGUGGGGAGACGUCGCAGCCCUGGACGCCUUUGUUGGACGAUUGCGCGGCCUGGCUGCUCGGCUGGCCGGCCGAAACCGCCAUCUGCGCGCACUGCAUCUAGCUGUGUGCCGCAAGGUGAUGUCCUUGUUCGACCUCGACCUAGUGUGUCGCCAGCAGAACUGGAAGGAUGUGCUCAAUGACAUCAGGGCCAUCAUGGCCCAGCAACAGGAAAGUGCCGAGCAAGUGCGUCCUUGGCGAGCCCACUGGGACCGGCAGCUGUACAAGGCGCUCGAGUGCCAGUACCUGCGAGGCCUCGAGACGCUGCUGCAGUACCUGCCCGAAACGCGCGUAGAACUCACCUGCAGGAGCGGGCAGUUGUGCUUCCGGCCACCUCUGGAGGAAGUACGCUCACGCUACUACCAGCAGGUCAAGAGAUUCCUGGCCCUGCCACUGCACUUUCGCGGCGUCAGUGAUGACCUGGCGGUGGAGCAGAGCCUCGUGUUCUCGGUCAUCGUGGACCGGAACGCCCACCAGUUUGUGGACCUAUACAGGCGCACGCAAAGGCUCUUCGCCUCCGUUCAGGCCUCCGCAAGUCGUUUUCAGGAAUGGGUAGCCCUGAGCUCGUUAGACUUACAGACCUUUACCGAGGGUCUGUCCCCGGAGGACUGGAAGAACAGUUUUCGUACUGUCAAGGCCAAGAGCCAGGAGUUUGGAAAGGCGUUCCCCGACGAGGAGCGCUUCGAGUGCCUGGUGGUGAGCUACGCUCCGGUGCGCUCGCACGUGGACUUCGCGCUCUCAGAGCUGGAGUCGGGCCUGGUGCGCGAGCUACGUGCCUCGGUGGCACGUGACGCAGCAGCCGUGCGGUCCUACCUGGAGUCCUCCCUUGACGCGCUUGCCGGCAAUGCUCAGACGGCCGAGGAACUGGCGCAGCUGAGCGCGGCUUUCGGCCGCACAGUUUCGGGCCGCGACCAGGCGGCAUCCAUGCAUGCUGCAGCUCGCGACAAACAGCAGUUGUUGGCACGCUGGUCUCGGCGCCCGCCCCCCGCCGACAUGGACGGACUUCAGCAGCUGUGGCACACACUGGACGACAAGCUACACCAGCACAGGGACGUUGUAGCACACCAGAUGGAGGUGCUGAAGGCCAAUGUAUCGGCCCGCCUAGAGAACUUCGAGCAACUGCGUGAGCGUUUCCUCGCCCGCUGGGAACAAGCACGUCCCCGGCUGGGUGACGAGGCGGCCAACCUUUUGGGCGAGCUGCGGGUCGAACUGGAUGCGCUGUUGGACGCACGCCGCCGGCUGGCGUCGGAAGCGGAACAACUGGGCAUGGCAGGACCCGGUGAGCUGACCACGACCGAGCAGGAGCUGCAGGAGGCCGAGGCGUCCUGGGCACUACGCGAGCAGUUCCGCAAGGAGCUGCAGGAGCUCAGCCAACAGCAGUGGAUCCUCAUGAGGCACGCAGCGAUGGCCGUGCUGCCGCUUUGCCGUGGGGAGGCUUUCUCGGCACAACACUGGGCCGAGUUGUUCCAGUUGGCUGAGGCGGCUGGCCGGCCGCUGGAGGAACUUCGAUUAUCGCACGUGCUCGCCAUCGCGCCGAAGCUGGCUGCCAGGAAAGCUCAGCUCCAGGAGUUGAACACCAGGGCCCGCUCGGAGGCGAACAUACGGGCCAUUCUGAGCGAGUUGGAUGUAUGGGGAAGCACAGCUCGCUUUUCUCUCGUGGACCACACUGAUUCAGCAGGAAAUCAUGUGAUGAUCGUGCAAGAGUGGGCGCAAGUGCUGGGAAAGGUCGGCGAGCUGCAGCUUCUUGUGCACUCGCUGGCCGAAGCGUGUCGUGGCGUGGGAUCCAGCGCCGGCCUGGCGGACGGCGCAGCUCUGUGGGAGGAGCGGCUGGCGCGCUUGGAGCCCACGCUGCGGGGUCUUCAGCGAGUGCAACAACAGUGGCUUCAGCUGGAGCCACUCCUGGGGCCUCCGCGCUCUUUGUUGCCCGACCAGGCUCCUCGCUUCGAGGCGGCCAGCCGGCAGUUGAGGACGUUGAUGGCUGCCGUGGCCCGAGACGAAAGAAUCGUGCUCGUGGGCAGCAUGGCCGAGACGCAGGCCCUGGACUCUCUGGCCGACCAGUUGAGCCGCUGCCAGAGGGCCCUGCAUCAACACAUGGAGGACAAGCGUAGUCGCUUCCCUCGAUUUUAUUUUCUGGGAGACGAGGACCUGUUGGAGGUACUGGGCAACCGUCCAAGUGCGGUGGAACCCCACCUGCGCAAGCUGUUCGCUGCCGUCCACCGCGUCGAAUGGGGCGACGACUGCGUCACGGCCGUGCUUUCACCUGAGGGUGAGCGGCUCCUCCUAAGCCAUCCGGUGAAGCUGACACCGGACCCGGAGGUGGUGUGCCUGGCCGAAUGGAUUCGGUUCACGGAAGCGUGCGAGGCCGCCCUGGAAUCAGGGCGGUUGGCGCAGCUCCUGGACGAGGUACGCGCGCAGCUGUCGGUCCUGGCUUCCGCAGGAGCGAAGAUGGGCUCCCUGCACGCGCUGCUCAUCGACGCCAUUCACCGACUGGCCAUCAUCGAGGAGCUCACCGCCCUCGAUGUGCGCUCGGUCCAUGACUGGCACUGGCAGAAGCAACUCAGGUUCUACCUGCGCGACGGACGUGCUGUGGUCAAAAUGGUGGAUGCCUCUUUCGACUACACGUACGAGUACCAGGGAAGCGCUCCGCGACUUGUGUACACGGCUCUCACCCACAAAUGCUUCGUCAGUUUGACCCAAGGUAUGCGGCUGGGAGUUGGAGGUAAUCCAUACGGACCAGCAGGCACCGGGAAAACGGAGUCGGUCAAAGCGCUUGGAAAUGCUCUGGGGCGACAAGUGCUCGUAUUCAACUGCGACGAGAGCAUGGACGAACGCUCGCUUGGGCGCCUGUUGGUGGGCCUGGCCCGUAGCGGUGCCUGGGGCUGCCUGGACGAGUUCAACCGACUCGACGAAGGCGUGCUCUCGGCGAUGGCCGCGCUCAUCGGGGACCUACAGCUGGCGUUGCACCACGGAAAGCCACACGUACGCCUACUUGGCUCGCAGGUGGAGUUGGACCGCAGUGCUGGGGUCUUCAUCACCCUUAACCCUGCGGGAAAGCAAUACGGAGGCCGCCAGCGGCUUCCCGACAGCCUCAAACAGCUGUUCCGGCCUGUGGCCAUGGCGGUUCCGGACAGCGCAGACAUCGCACGCGCUCUUCUGCUGGCCGGAGGAUUCGAAGGGUCGCAGUCUCUGGCUGCUCGACUCGUGACAGCUUUCCAGCUCGCAAGGGAGCUGCUGGUGCCCCAGCAACACUACGACUGGGGCCUGAGGGCGCUCAAGAGCGUCCUUCUUGCCUGCGGACGAAUGCGGCUCGCUGCCGCACCUCCAUCGGACGCUGACGACCGCCAUGCUUGGGAACAAAGCCUCGUGGUGCGGGCAGUGCGGCUUCAGGUGCUGCCCAAACUGGCGGUCCGCGACUGCAGCCACUUUGAGAGGCUGCUCCGCGACGUCUUCCCUGGAGUCCCGCACGGGGAAGACAGUGUCGGAGAGGACGAGCUCUCGUCGGCGCUUCGGGAGGCAUACGUCAACCUGGGACUCACCUGGGAUGAAGCACAGGUUCGCAAGGUGCUGCAGCUGCGCGAACAGCUCUCCCAGCGCACCGGAGUGAUGCUCGUGGGACCGCCCGGUUCGGGCAAGACGAGCGUGUGGCGACUACUGCAGAGAGCCCUGCACACGGCAUCAGCGGGACGGAAACCGCCGCCGCGUCUCUGGUUGAUGGGACCGAAGUCUCUGCCCCGGCAUCAGCUGCUGGCUACUGUCCACCCGGACACCAGGGAGUGGUGCGACGGCGUUCUCACGGCCAGUGCUCGGGAGGCCGCCAGGGAGCCUCAAGAGGUCUCCUGCUGGAUCGUGUGCGACGGAGACGUGGACCCGGAGUGGGUGGAAUCCCUGAACUCGGUCCUCGACGAUAACCGAUUGCUGACACUGCCGUCCGGCGAACGCAUCCAGUUCGGGCCGAACGUGCACUUCGUGUUCGAGACGGAUAGCCUGGCCGCAGCAUCGCCGGCCACAGUGUCUCGCGUGGGAAUGGUGUUCCUCAGUGCCGAGAACAGUCCGGUCAAGGGUAUGGUCACGUCUUGGCUGAAGGGACAGCCACAGGAAGGCGCCGCAGUAGCGGACCUCGUAGAAGAGCACUUCUUUCGGGCUCUGCGCUUCGCCUUGCAGAUGAAGGACUUCGUCCUUGAGACAUCCGCUACGGCAGUGGUGCGCAGCGCCCUCUCUUAUCUACGAGACGUCAAGAUCAGGCCUGAGUUCGCGCUGGCGCUGGCUCGAGGGCUGACCGCCAGCCUUGGUACAAGUGGAAGAGACAAGGUCGCCAAGGAGAUUUUCUCUUGGAUGAGUGUGUCAGCGCCCGACCCCAGCCGUCCCCUCAACUGCUACUGGGACAAAGAGUCCGGCAAGCUGACAAAGUACGAGCCACAGUCGUCGCGGGAAAUCAGCCUACCCGAGCUUUUGGAGACUCCCGUGGUCGAGACGGUCGACGUAUGCAAUGCCAUGGACGUGCUUACUCCGUGGCUGGCGUCUCAGGAGCUCGUGAUCGUAGCCGGACCAGAUGGAUGCGGGAAAAGUGUUUUGCUGUCGCACUGCCUGGCGCGAUUGGCGGCGCCUUGCGAGGUCCGCUGGCUUUCCUGCACGGCUCAGACAGGCGCCGCCCAGGUCUCGCGUGCCCUGCGCCAGGCGUGCGCCCCGUGUGCUGGCGGCGGGCUACAGCCCCGAGGCGCAGCCGGAUGGCUGGUGCUGUGCCUGCGUGGUCUGGGCGCGGCGCGCCGCGACCGCUGGGGCUCCUGCCAGCUGGCCGCCUGGCUUCAUCAGGUGCGCACCCACGGAGGAUACCACGACCCCACUGAGGCCGGAUGCCCGUGGGUGACUCUGCAGCGAGUGCAGCUGGUGGCCACCGUGGCACUGCCGGCCUCUUCGCUACCACCAAGACUACUGUCGGCAGCACGCGUUUUCGCCCUUGGGGCUCCGCAGCCACCGGAGCUUGCUCGAAUAUGCGACGCCUACUUGGUGCCGAUCACACGACAUCUGGCAGAAGGCAGCUUGGCUGACCAACACGAGGCUCUAGCCGCCUCUAUGGUUACCCUUGUGCAGCAGGCUCAGUCUCGGCUGCCUGCUGCUGCCGAGAGGUUGACGGCGCGACUGUUGACCGACUGGGUGAGAGGCUUGGUACGGUACUCCGCCCCCGACGCGCAAGGCCUGCUGGCUUGCUGGGCGCACGAAGGCUGUCGACUCUUCAAGGAUUCCCUAGUCGACGACGCGGACCGCGCUCAGCUGGACGCACUGUUUGCGGGCAUUCUACGCGCUCACUGGCCCCAACAUUCAUCUGCUAUUCUGCAACGCGAGAAGGAAGUCGUCUACGUGUCCAAGCCUGGUGACUCAUCGACCAAAACAGCCUCUUGGGGAAGCCAGCUCGAGAAACUUGAUCUGAAAGACUGGAAUGAUGCUGUCCUCAAAACAGCCAAAGAGUGUGGUGCUUAUGCGGUGCCAGUGCUUGAAUGGCUGUCACUGGUGGCCCAAGCGGACUGGGCACUGGGGCGACCAGCAGGUUGGGUCCUGGUCGGCGGAGCCUCUGGAAUGGCCCGCCGUCUGGCGGUGCGCCUGGCUGCUCAUCGAGCCCGGCUACCCUGCGUAUUCCCUAAGGGUCGGUCGCUGGCCGGCAGCCGGUCCGACCUGCGUCCACUGGUGCAGUCAGCCGGGCUUGAAGGUCGUAGGUCGGUGCUGCUGCUUGAGGACCAACAACUGGAUGAGGAUUCGCUCGACCUACUGGCCGCGCUGUGGGCCACGGGCGAAGCACCUGGACUCUUUCGGCCCGACGAACUUGACCUAGCGCCCCUUCUGCAAGAAGGAGAGCCCGAGGCCGAAGGGCUCCCACCCUGGGAGCAUUUCUGCCGCCGAGUGCGCAGGAACUUGCACGUGGCAUUGGUCCUGGACGCUUCGUUCGUCCAGCACCACGCAGAACGCCAUCCGUGGCUUCGCAAGGGUUGCAGCGUGCACUGGCUCUCAUCCUGGAGCCGUGAGAGUUUCAAGCAGUUGCCCGGCCUGGUGUUGGACUCCAGCAGCGUGGGCAGCCGCAAUGCGCCCGACGCAGCGCUCUUCCUCCAACUGCACGAAGCAUGCCUGUCGACCGGGCUCGCUGUCGGCCCCAGCCAGUAUUUCACCAUGGUGGGCGCCUUCCGCGAUAUCUUCGCCCAGCAGGAGGCAGAAAUGGAGGAGUCCAAGAAGCACUUGCAGCUGGGGAUAUCUAAGCUGAACGAGGCCAAGAAGGCGGUCUCCAAGCUCGAGGGAGAAGCGGCUGUUCAGCGAAAGCUUCUGGCUGAAAAGCAAGGCGAAGCUGACGCUGCACUGCUGCAGAUAACAAACAGCAUGACGAGCACCAGCGAGCAAAAAGCAGAGAUGGAGCAACUGCGAGCCACUAUGCGCCAGGAAAGCGAACGACUCAAAGAACGCAAACAGCACAUCGACCACGAGCUGGCUCAAAUCGAACCACUUGUGCAAAACGCGCAACAGGCUGUCGGAAGCAUCCGGUCAGACGCCCUGUCGGAGAUCCGCUCUCUCCGGGCGCCACCUGACGUCAUCAGAGACAUCCUGGAGGGUGUGCUGCGUCUCAUGGGGAUAUUCGACACUUCGUGGGUCAGCAUGAAGAGGUACGUGUCUUCUUGGCCAGUCUGGAAAAGCGCGCGAGCUAUUCGUACGCGACAGUCACCGGCUGAGUAACAUGCUUUUGAGCAAUGUUUUUCUUUCCUUUCGCAGAACGCGAAACGAGCCUCCGCAGCUGCGGCACCGCUGGCGGCCUGGGUUCAAGCGAACGUCCAGUACGCCGACGUUCUGCACAAGAUCGGCCCCUUGGAAGCGGAGCAGGCGGAGCUGCAGCGGAAGCUUUCAGGUGCCGAGCAACGCCUGGGCAAGCUCGGCUCGGCGCUUGCCGGUGUGGACGAGCGAGUGUCCGAGCUGCGCGAGCGACUGGGCGACUGCACCCGAGAGGCUGCCCGCAUCGAAAUGGGGCUUCGCGACUCUGAUGCGCGUCUGUCCGCGGCCCGGGACCUGCUCGCGCAACUAGAGGGUGAGCACGCGCGCUGGUCUCGGCGCCUGAAGGCCUUGGAGGCCCAGCCACUGGCCCAGCGCUGCCUGUUGGCCUCGGCGUGCGCCGCCUACCUGGGCGCACUGCCGGCGGCCAUGGAGGAGGCUCGGUCUAAGCUUCUACAACGCUGGCGCCGGCUUCUGCCCGAACUGCAACAGCAGGGCGUACCGGGAGAGCUGGCGCAACUCCUCAGCUCCGAGAAGGAGCAGCUUGCGUGGAGGGCCCAGGGUUUGCCUCCGGACCGGUUGUCGAUUGAGAAUGCCGCCCUACUCAUCCUGCCCCUGCCCAAGAGACCGUUCAUCAUCGACCCGUCGGGGCAGGCCAGUCGCUGGCUGCAGUGCCACCUCAAGGACCCACAACUGAUCACACAGCAGGACCCCACGUUUACAGCGACUCUGGAGCUGUCUGUACGCCUCGGCAAGGCCCUGCUCGUGCAGGACGUACAGCAGAUCGACCCCAUACUGUACCCAUUGCUGAGGAGAGACCUUCUUACACAGGGCUCACGGCAGGUAGUACACAUAGGGGAAAAAGCGGUGGACUACAGCGACGAGUUUCGCCUCUUCCUGCUGAGUCAGGACGCCGAGGCCACGCUACCUCCGUACGUGGCGACGCUGGUUCGCACUAUCGACUUCAGCACCACCGAGGCUGGGCUCUGCGACCAGUUGCUGCAGGUAGCGCUGCAAGAGGAGCGGCCCGAACUGGAGGAGCGUCGCCAAGCGCUGCUGCACGAGGCGGACACACUGCGGCUUCAGUUAUCCGAUCUUGACUCGCGCCUCCUGGAUCUCCUUCUGUCGGGAGACUUUCUGCACAACCAAGAGCUGCGCCAGGCUCUGCAGGAAGCCAAGGCUAGCGGCGCUCGUGCGGAGACGUCCCUGGCCGAGGCGCAGAGGCUGCAGGCUUCGCUGGAGAAAGAACGGGCCGUGUACGAGCCCGUCGCGAGACUCGGAGCCCGCCUCGUGGGUCUGCUCGAUCCCGUUGCGCGUUUGGGACAUACGUACCGGUGGGGCAUGGCCGGACUGGUUGACCUCUUCCGGCGAGCAUUGCGACAACAGGGAACUAAUGGCAAGAAAAAAGAUCUGAAGCUGGUGGAACGCACGUUGACACACCUCGUAUACGAGCACGCUGCGAGGUCUUUGUUCAAGAAGGAUCAUCUGACAUUUGCCCUGCAUCUGAUCCAUGGUCUAAGUCCUGACCUCUUCAGAGAAAACGAAUGGGAGUCUCUCACGGGCACACUUGUGAAGGACACCGCUCAACACACAGAACAGCGGCCCAUCUGGCUGAUCGAGGACCGAUCGGCAGCCCUGUCACAGCUCAAGGUCACGCUGGGGCCCGAGCUGUGGUCUGCGUUGCGUCUCGACGAAGCCUCCCUGUGGCAACCGUUCGCCAGGAGUGGUCACUGCGAGGAGCAACUGCCGGAGCACGCAACGCGUUGCUUGAGCCCAUUUCAGCAGGCCCUGCUGGUUCAGUGUCUCCGGCCCGACCGGGCGCUUUCGGCGCUGGGUCGCUUCGCCUGUCGUGCUCUAGGGCUGCAAGGUCUGAAUCCUGGCGCUGUGCCUUUACAACAACUGCUGCAGGACGGCUCCCGUCCACUUCUGCUCGUCACAGCACCUGGGGCGGACCCUGGUCAAGAGCUGCGCGAUGCCGCUCAGGGACGACUUCAACAGGUCUUCCUUGGUCGUGGAGCACAACAGCAGCAGGCAGCCCAGGAUGCUCUGCGACGCCAAUCCCAGACGAACACGUGGCUUUGGCUGGCCAAUCUUCAUCUGGCUACCCAGUGGUUGCCUUUCCUGGCACAGGAGUUGGCACGACUGGAGAGGCACCCGGACUUCCGGCUCUGUCUGAGCACGGAGCCGCAUCCAGCCAUUCCGAGCGCGUUGCUGAAGGCCUGCCUCACCGUCGCUUACGAGCCGCCAGCCGGAGUGCGCAGGAGCAUGCGGCGCACCUACGAUGCCUGGGGCCCUUCUGCGCUGAACGGCGCCAGCCUGCUGUGCGCGCAGGCCCACUUUGCGCUCGCUUGGCUACACGCGAUCCUCCAGGAGCGGCUGUCGUACGUUCCGCAAGGCUGGACUAAGCGGUACGAGUUCAGCGAAGCUGACCUGCGCGCCGGCGCUGAUGCCGUGCAGAGGCUAUGCGGCCGCAGCGGCAACGGGGGUGUCAGCUCCAGUCCCUGGGAAACGCUGCGUGGCUUGUUCGAGCUGUCCGUGUACGGGGCGCACUUGGAUGACCCUUUUGAUCGCCGCGUACUGAGUGCCUACGUGCGCCAGUGUUUCGAUCAGAGCACGCUGCCGGGCAGCGAUCGCAAAGAGCCGGCACAGCUGGCCCCGGGAGUUCGCGUGCCCACGUCAACAAGCUUCCAGGCGCACAUACAGCUCAUCGAGCAGUUGCCAGACGAAGAUGCUGGUCGCUACCUAGGACUGGCGGCCAACGUGGAGGGAUCGGUGCAGCGUCUCGGUGCAUUGUCCCUGGUGGCCGAGCUGCGCCGAUUGCAGGCAGGAGCAAGUGGCCCUCGGCAGGUGGCCGGAUUGGAUCAACUGGCCCCGCUGCUCAGCCUCUGGAAGAGCUUGCACCAGGGCGGUUUGCAAGCGCCGCCGGCAGGCGAAGGCGAUGAAGAGGAGGAAGACGCUGUGGCCAGUUUCCUGCGCCAGGAGCGCGCGCACGCAGCCAAGUUGGUGCACGAGGUGCACUCCACACUGGCCGCCGUGAGCCGGGCGCUGCGCCACGCUAGCAGCUUGCUACCGGAAGCCGCCUCGGCCCUGACCAACCACACGGUACCCGACGCAUGGUUGACCCUUUGGUCGGGAGGCCGGCAGUGGGUUCCCGAGGCCUACCUCCGGGCCGUGGCGGGUCGCGCACGUGCAUUGGCCCAGUGGCACUUCGGAGAGGGUCAGCAGCUGCACCUGGGACAACUGCUGCGACCGGGGGCCUUCCUCAGUGCCUGGCGCCAGCAGACAGCUCGGCAAACAGGCCUGGCUGUGGAUGAGCUUCAGCUGGAAGCUUGGUGGCAGGUAGGAGAGGACAGGCCACCCCUCUGGGCUACGCUGGUGGGCCUGCAGUGUGAGGGGGGCCUCCUAGAGGAUACAAGACUUCGUUCCUGCCGCCCUGGCGCCCCAGCGUAUUACCUGUACCCCCCUGCUCUGCUGCAUGGAUGCGCAAGUGUCCCUUCACAUUCUGAAGUGUCGUACAGGGAUAAACAAGACCACAAAUGUUACGACUGCGUGCAGGGCACCCGGCAGUACUCGGGAGGCUCAGUGGUUAGCCUGGCGGUGUACACCAACACAGAAAGGCAAGAGCUGGUUGCUAGCCUGUCUGUGCCUUGUGAAGGUAGCCCACAACAAUGGCUGCUGAGUGGUGCUGCCAUGUUUUUAUCUACGUUAGACUAG